UGGCGCAGUCCUGUGACUCGUGUGAGAUCUGGCAGCGGAUCUACAUGACAUAGUCCCUUUUACCUUUCGCGAAUCGAUCGGUGAUCGAUCGUUGAAAGACUUGCAGGUACUCGUACAUACGCAAGCGCUGGUUUUAUCGACAUCGCCAAGUACCAUACAACUUGUUUAGUACGACGUAGUUUGCACUCAUUCUAUUUUGAUUUCGCGAACGUCUUCGUAUCUCGAGUUUGGACAAAUCAUAAACAAUGCAAUACCGUAGCCACCGGCAAAAAUGAAACAUUGUUUGCCUUUCAUCUUGUAGUGCUAGUGGCAAAGGAAGCAGGACUAGCUGCGCUGCAUGCUUUCCCUUAUUUGUGUGACGUGUUCCUGUCGGAAACUCGCAUCUUCUCCUAGAGCUAGCUGGGACAGGAAAGCAGCUGCACUAGGCUAAUGUUGCCCCCCGUUUGACUGGUCCAGCUUUCCCGUGCACGCGUGUGGGCUCUCUGAACUAACUUGGGCUCUUGCAGUGCGGCCGAAAGAUUUUGCCGACUGCACCGUGCAGAUACGUAGGCGGGCACGAUAAAGACAGUAAAAGUCAGCCGCUCGUGGCGUGUUGCUGCAGCGUUGUCGCUAACUGGAGCAAUGGACUAUCAGCGACUGGUUGGACUCAUCGCCCUUGUCCUGGCCAUAGCGGAUAGCAUAGUGCUAUGCCAGGUACAACUACCAAUCGCCAUCACCAUACGCCCCAGUGAUGGCACUGUUGUCAAGCUGGGAGAGUCGCUAACCGUCCAGUGCAAUUACUCCCAGGCGCAAGGUCACGUACCAAUCAUUAUGCAAUUCAAUGGACAAUUGCUUGUUGCUUCAGAAACUUAUGUGCAAGAUGCGAAGAUGUCCACACUUACGAUCAGAUCAUUCUCCAGCAGUAACAGUGGACAGUACACAUGUAGGUAUCAGUCAUUCACCGAGGCUGUCGCAAGCCCUACGAUCUCCGUGCAGCUGGCUGUGGCACCUCGAAUUGAGAAGCCCACGGCAACUACAAUCCUGGCUAAUGCUAGCCAAGCGUGGCAGAUAAUGUGUCGUGGCUCAGGCGUGCCUCUUCCGGAUUGGGAACUGCUCAGAGGAAGCCAGGUUAUUGAUCGUCAAUCUGCAAGAGCACAGCUAGUGUAUACAGGACGAUCAGCCACACCGUCCGAUGCUGGACCUUAUAUGUGCAGGGCUCGGAACUUUGCCGGUGUCGAUAACUAUUCUCUUGCGGUAGUCGUGCAAACUCCACCAAGCGCGACUGUGCCAGGUGCAGGGACAGCAGCGGCCAUCCCUAUUGGACGUACGCUGUCGUUGUCAUGUGUAGCAGAUGGUCUGCCCGUACCUGAUGUUCGAUGGUUGCAUGACGGUAUCUACAUUGACCAGCAGUCUAACAGCUCAGCCCGAGUAGCCGAAACCAAUCUUACCGCUGGAAGUGUCCGCAGUACAUUGACCGUGGACAGAGUCGUACGUAAUGAUGCCGGCAUAUAUUUGUGUAGCGCUGCAAACCUUUUAGGCCAACAGUCCGCUGGCCGAACUGUGGUAGUUCAAGUGCCACCCACUGCACCAUCGGGUGUAACGUUCACAUCCGUACAGCAUACAUCAGCAGUUGUACGGUGGACUGCGCCGGUGGAGGACGGGUUUGCUCCCAUCCAUGCAUACUUUGUCUCGGUGCUGAAGGUGCAAUCUGCUAGCAGUCCACGCAGUGUGCAUCGUGCUACUGCUUCGCCUGUACUGGAGCUCCCUCUGACUGGACUGGACCCCAACGCCGCCUAUAGCGUGUCCGUAUCUGCUGAGAACUUAAUUGACGAAGGUCCAUCAUCUCCGGAAGCAAACUUCACUACCCUUCCGCUCGGUCCUCCGUCGCCAACAAUCCGAGCUAUAACCCCACGUCCUACUGGCUUUCUUAUAGAAUGGGCUCUCGACAAACAGUGGAGGCCCGAGCAAGGAAGCUUGCGGUACUUCUCCAUCCUCGUCGAGCACACCUUCAAGUUCAUCAUCCCAAACAUCAGCGCUGCACGCCGCUCCUACAAUGUCAGUGGACUGGCAAAGGCAACACGUUACAGCGUGACAUUGCUGUCACACAACCGUGCUCAUGCAAGCCCCAGUGCUGAUAGCAUAAGGCAUGUGGUAACAACAGCAACCAAGCCAUCAUCCCCAGUGUGGGAAGAUGCUGUUGGUGUUAGUAUGUCCGGUGUCAGUCUCGUAUGGAGUGAACCACUGGACAACGGCGGCCGUCCUCGGACACACUACAUCCUCACGUGGGUCUCGGACCCUUCAUCAGCAGAAUUCCUCACAAUAGAUGCCAAUGCUGUAUCCAGGACUGUGUCCGGAUUGUUACCUGACACAACGUACACCUUCACUAUCAGUGCUAUCAAUGAGCUGGGGCCCAGUGAAAGUGUGAGCAUUACGGCAAAGACUCUGGAACGAAAUGGAGAGCUGCUGCCUGUCCCGGCACUACCCAGUAUCUUGACGCGCUCCAGCAGAUCACUGCUGAUCGGCCUGCCCGUUGACUCACUGAAUGCUCUAGCUAAGCAGUGGCUGCUGCAGUAUCGCCAGUCCGGCACGACUGUCUGGAGACAAGUGUCACUUGAACGUGGCAAGGCCAGCUACUGCCUGGAUGUAUUGCAGAGUGACGUGGGAUAUGAGGUACGGCUUGCUCAGGCGGCCCAGGAACACGUAGGAAGAUCAUUCUUUAGUCCUGCUCUCGCAGCUAGUACACUGGCACCAGGUGCAUUGCCCGAUGUGAUGAUCGUGAGUAUUUUCUCUGAGUCGAUCGUUUUGGGGCGAGUUCAUUGCGGGGUGGAUACUUCCGUUAAUCUGCAGUUGGAAUUCCUGUCCUCAAUGUCCAACUCUGGUUGGAAAGUGCUUGAGGUGUCGCAAGGAGGUAGCUCUGUCACUGUUAACGGACUGCAGAGUAACGAGACGUAUAGCUUCCGACAUGUUCUGGUGAAUGCUGAUGGCACUAGGUCUGCUGUGUCCUCGCUUGCCAAUGCCACAACGCUGCAUCGACCACAGCUUCAGAAGCGCAAGAGUACAUCCACAGGCGUCAUUGUGGCUGCUGUUGUUUCAUCGCUCGUUGUGAUAGUGAUGGUCGCCGUUCUAGUGUACAUUCUGGCCGCACCACAUCGGCGAAGACGUGACAACAAGUCAGAGGAAAUUUGUGCAUAUCCCAACAACAAUAAGCCAUCACUGUAUGACUCAACGGACGGCAGAGAAACACCAGUCGACUUCAAUAACUGCCACCCUCAGGAGGAGAUCUGCGCUAGCAGCAGCAGAGCGGAAUCACCUGCUCCAGAACAGAAGCUGACUCAACCAGAGCCGCUGGUUGCACCGCUCACUGCACCGCUAACUGCACAGUCAUCCAGGGAAAGUAACUAUGCCAAGCUUGAACUGUUGACUCCCACAACAACAACAGUACGUCGCAGUUCAGAGAUGGCUCCUAACGAGUACUCUGCUAUUGACCGGGAGGCAACCAAGCGAGCGCAAGGGGCACGUGUGGACUUCCACAGUGCUAGACAAAUCAGCUUCCCAGACAAUGAGGCAGAGCGAAUGGAGCAUUCCACUGUGUAGGUUUGUCGAUCCUCGCCGCCUGGUUCCGUGAUACCGUUGAUUGGUGCGUGUGUGUGUGUGUGUGUGUGUGUGUGUACACUAUAGAAUUGACCAUGUAUGUUAGGGCAGUACCGUUUGUGUUUUCGUGCGUGGAGUUCCCGUGUCGAAGUCGAUAAGAAAACUUCAAGUUGAUGCUGGAUACGGGUGCCCAGCAUUCCGCCAUGGAUGCUGCUGCUAGUGCUACUGCUGUGCACGGGCACAUGUCAUUGUUGCUGCAGUGCCUAAACCCAGUGUGGUAUGUGUACAUGUAGUACACAGCUGAUGCAACUUUUGGCCUACAGUGGUCACCAUGGUCACAGUGGUCACCAUGGUCACAGACCAGGACCCAGGUGGUACAUGUAUGUGUUAGGUUUCGUAUUGCACGCGUCGAUUGUAAGUUGUACGCGUCGAUUGUAAGUUGUAAGCGUACAUAGUUGAAGUAGUUGUUGUUGUCCGGUGUGCUUGUGUUGAGUUUCACAAGUUAAUUGUGCCAGUGUAUUACUCACCUGCGUUGAGGCAAGCGUGUAUGCGUGUACACUGCACUUCGAUGUACUACAUUGUAGACUGUGCUCUGUUUGAACUGCCAAGAGAUAAUUAUUCUAUUUGAGUAUUCCUUCUAUCCGUUCGGUCUCCGCUACGCUUCGUUGAGAACAUCCGAUUGUGUUUAUAUUCCGGUAAAGAUCUGUGUUUUAUCAAGUACUACUGAACCGAAGUGUCCUGUACUGAUCAACUUGUUUUUUUCUUUUACAAGUAUUAUUAUUAUUACGGUAUAUACUUUAAAAACAUUUAAUACCAUAUCUUUACGAGAAGAUAGCGUAUCCCCCCCCACCUGACCGAGUACAAUUUUUUUUAACCCCUUACUGCACCAUAAUGCGUAAGAAGUGCCAACAAUUGACAUAA